UCCCAUGGUUGUUCUCGCCGAGUCCCGACAUGCCAAUGCCAUCAAUCAGACCGAACUCCACAAGGCCAUGGCUGACAUGAGAGCGAGGUCCUACCACGGGUUCGUCAUCCUCCUCAACAUCCUAAACACGAUCCCAGUUUCACUUCAACGGUCGGAGAAAACAACCUUUCUCAUGCUCGAUGACCGGGCACUGUCUGGAGUCUCACUCACCCGAAACAGUCUUCAGGAUUUCAUCCUCCGUCACUCGAUCCCAAGCGGACUCUCCCUAAACGAGCUGAUGCGGCUCCCGAAUGGGACGCUAGUCCCAUCUGGCAUGCCGAAGAGGAUGAUCAGCAUAACCAACAGGAGGAGAACAGGGCUGUUCGUGAACAAUGCAAGGAUCGUGACGCCAAACGUGUGUCUCAGUUCUGUGGUUAGGUGCCACGGGAUUAGCUCUGAGAUCAGGUUCAAAGAUGCCAUUAAUUCAUCCUCAGCUCAGCCCCUUGGCAUCCCAAACACGAAGCUGAGAGGUUCGAAAACAAGGAAGCUGACGAAGUCAUCUGCAGCUGCUAACCAGCACAGAAUCACCCGAUUCAAUUGAUCUUCCAAACUUCCAUCUUCUUUUAGUUGUAAACAAAAUCAUUUCAAAUGAUAGGAGUUUUGGCAGUUUCUAUGUCAAGAUCGAGG